UUCCACGGACGGCAUAUAUUAAGCUUGUUGUCAAGGCUUGCUGGCGAGGAACGUAGCGAAAAUGACUAGUUCAGACAUCUCGCGGGCGGCAGGAAAGUUUCGCGACAUAGACGCGAAACUUCAGAGUUCCGGUCGCGAUCUCGAAGACCUCAGUCGUGUUCAGAAGGAUUACGUGCGAGAACUUGAGAACGCUAUGGCGGAAAUGGACGCCUUGAUCGAGGCCGAAGCCCUUAAGAGUCUUGGCGACGUGUUCUUGGAGAAGGGAAGAACCAGCGGUGACUUGGCGGAGUUCGGCAAGGCCCAGUCCGUGUAUAGUGCCGCACUGGUCCGGUGUACUCACAUCGGGCAAGUACAGACACUCCUACAUCGCGUGAAGUACGCAAGAACAUUCACCGACAGGUGUAACAGUACGGUCAAAUUACCCCCCAACCAAAAUGGCGACAGGAAUAAGCUGGAUAGCAAAGUGAAUAGGGAACAAGAACAACUUUCACAUCUAAAAAUUGCCGAGAGAGUUCAAACUAGGGUAGCAGGUCUAACAGAAGAGUCCUUAGAAGCUAGCUAUGUUCACUUGUUGGUAGAAAGUGUUACGGCGUCGGACUUGUUAGCAGAGGUAGAAGCGCUGAAGGGCCUGGGUGACGAAUAUCUGAGGCGGGGCGGGGUGAGCAGGGACACGGCGGAUUUCACCCGGGCGUCUACCCUGUAUUCCGCCGGCCUCGCGCGAUGUCAGGACGCGGACAACAAGGUCGCUCUUCAACACAGGGUCAGGUAUUCGGCUCGACUCAGGACUGAGGAAAUUAAGGGCACACAUAAAAGAUACGAACGCAAAACAAUUGAGGUGCAGUACGUGGACAAACAUCCGAGCGACAACAUUGACAGUGAAGAUGAAGAAGAUUCGGGCCAAAGUGAGCCGAAUGAACAAAGUGCAGAAAGCACCUACGGAGACCAAUAUGAAGCCGGAGCCAGUGCCCUAAGGGACGGCGAUUUGGAGUCUGCAGAACAGAAUCUCGCCUCAGCACUAAGACUUGUUCACGGAAACCCAGAAGAGAUGACCAAAGAGGCGUCCUGCCUUUGUCGGUUGGGCGACGUCCACGUAUCGAAGGGUAAGAGUACAGGUGACGGAAAAUUCUUCAGCCAAGCUGCCGCUCUGUACAAUGGUGCACUGGUCAGGGCGGCGGAUGCUACAUUCAAAGUCGAAUUGACUGAGAAACUAAAAGAAACGGAAGUGUCCUUCCUAAAACAUGUAGUUCACACCAACUGUAUGCCUAGUCUUAGUGAUGUCGAGAGGGCACACAAAGAAGUGAUACGAACAAUGCGGGAAAAGGUAAAACAAAGACUGGAUUCAAUUGACCAACAGUUUAACCUACGAGAACAUCUCGAAGAUCAGCAUACGAGAACGAGGGUUGAAUCGCAAAGAGCAGACGCCAUCAGAGGCUUGUUCGUUGAAAUAGCUCAGAGUAGAAAGGAGUUUGUCGGCGUCCUUGCGAGCGAAUGCAUGGAAGUGUUGGGUCCUGCUCCCUGUAAGUACGCAGUUACAGGUUUGGGUUCACAGGCAACAGAAACGGUCACUCCGUACUCUGACCUGGAAUUCACCAUCUUGUUGGACGAACAUUGUGAUACCGACUCAAACAAGCAGUACUUUCGCCACCUCACUCACUACUUACAUCUCAAAAUUAUCAACCUCGGGGAAACAAUCAUUCCAGCGGUAGCCAUCAAAUCUCUCAAUGACUUCGAGUCCAGCAACCCUGCCGACAACUGGUUCUAUGACUCUGUGACUCCACGCGGGUUCGCCUUUGACGGAGCCAUGCCGUGGGCCAGUAAAACUCCACUAGGUAGAGGCAAGACUAAGGCGAAGCCAGCACUCGAGCUGAUUCGGAGCCCCAGCAGAAUGGCCGAACUUCAGCAAGAGGACUUCGCCCUAUCCGAAGGGUACCAUUUGUCGGACAUACUACGAAACGUGUGCUGUAUAACAGGUGACGAUAGUCUUGUAGGCAGGUACAUUGAGAUUGUAAACGAAACAUUGACAAGCACUCGUAGGCGGGGAAGCAGUAUCUUCCGUCGAGCUGGAGACACACUGGCUAAAGACGUUGAAAGAUACGGCAAGCAAGGACUGACGGCAAGGCUACUAGACGUCAAAAAGGACAUCUACCGGUUUCCUACGAUCUCAAUAGACAGCCUGUGCAUUCUCUGUGGGCUACAACCGGGACGCGUUUGGAAAGUCAUCUCAGACAUGGUGGAAUCAGGCAUACUGACCAGAGAGAACGCCGAUCAUCUGAAGGUGUUGGUCAGCAUAUCCGCGGAGCUUCGACUGAGAACGUAUCUGGCCAACGGAAAACAAUGUGAAACCAUGUCUGCCCUGCCUUCAAUAGCAACGGACGGGCAGACAGGUGACCGUGAGGUAGCGUUUAAGUCAGUGUUCUACCUCCCCGACGACGAUAUGCUGUUCAGAUAUCACUAUAGAGCUAUACCACUGAAGAAGUUACUGUCAAGCGUUUCGACUGACCACUUACCCGAAUCACUGCGCAGACUGCGUUCAACGACUCUCUUUGAUGCGGGCCCGAACGUAAAAGCGCGUAUCUGUAUGCUGUUACUAAAAGCCGAAGAGGCCAUCGGCCACUAUGAACACGCGGUUUUGCAGCUGUUAAACAUCGUCGAGCCAUUGAAACAGUUGGAUGCGUUGGACUACUUAGAUGAACGAUGUAUUUCAGAUGAGAGUUUAGCUACUUUACUACGCAAAAUAGGCACAGCAUGGAAGGUUCUUGGCAACAGUAGGAAAGCCAUCAGCUACUACCAAAUGACGCUGAGGAUAGUAAAAGCUGUUCAUGGACGUGACAGCUGCAAUCCAGAAAUUGCGUCCGCAUUCGGCUACUUGGGCUCUGCAUGGCUUAAACUGGAUAAGAAAAAAGAAGCGCUCGGAUACCUCACAAUAGCACACAAGAUGAGAGAAGAAAUGUAUGGACCGGACGCUUCGCACCCCGAAAUCGAAUCGUCUCUAGACUCGUUGGCAGAAGCAUGGCAAUAUCAGGGAGACUUCAGGAAGGCAAUGAGCGUGUUUGAGCAAAAACUACGUCUGACAAAAAUGCUGCACAAAGGUGACGAGCUGGCGCUGGCCACGUGCCUGAAGAGUAUGGGAGGGUGUCUGUCCAAUCUUGGAGACUCCAGGAAAGCGAUUAGAUACCAGGAAAAGGCGUUGAAAAUGAUACGGUCUGUAUAUGGCCACAACACGGGACACCCUAUGGUCAUCUCCGCUCUUAAAGGUCUAGGAGAGUCAUACCUUGAGGUCAGUAACCACAGAAGGGGGGUUGACUAUAUGGAGCAGGCGCUGAGGGCAUGGAAAAUUAUCUACGGGGAGCGGGCAGAUCACCCUGACAUCGCCUCAGCCUUAUCGGACCUCGGCUUAGCCUGGAACAGUGCCGGAGACUUCACUGUCUCUCAAAAAUACCACGUUUCAGCGCUAAAAAUGAGACGAGACAUAUACGGAGUUGGCUCGCCGCAUUCGGACAUUGCCUACUCCCUGAAAAAUAUUGGGUUUACUCUCACUAAGAGAGGUAAUCACAAGGAAGCGCUACAAUACCAGGAACAGGCAUUGGCAAUGCUGAAGCGCGUCCACGGUGAAAACGUCGAUCACCCAGAUAUUGCUAACACACUGAAUCAUCUAGGCGAGUGCUGUUGUAACGUUGGCGACUAUGAAAGAGCAACACAAAUCUUUCAGGAGGCACUGGCUAUGUGGAACGCUUGCCAUGGGGACAUCUCAAACCACCCUGACAUAGCGAUGGCUUUCAAUAAUCUAGGUAUAGUAUCUAGACACAUCGGGGAUCAUCGCAAGGCCAUCAGUUAUCACCGACAGGCUUUGGAGAUCGCAGAGGCUACAUUUGGACGAGAAACUCCACAUAGCUUGAUUGCCAGUACGUACAACAACAUGGCCACAGCAUACGUUCUGAUGGGUGACCCCACGAGGGCGAUCGAAUAUAACGAAAACGCACUGAGCAUAUGGAAAGCCAUAUAUGGCUCUGGUAGUCCAUACGUGUUGCAGACUCUGAUGAAUCUCGCUGUAACAUUAAAUAUGUUUGGCAGAAAGAAAGAAGCAAUGAAGCACUACCAGGAAGCCUUGAAGAUGUGCGAAGAUGUAUACGGGCGCGGUAAAGAUCAUCCCAACGUUGCAACUCUGCUGAGCAAUCUCGGAUUACUCUGGAGCGAACUUUUCCAGUACGACAAAGCCCUGGACUUCCUCGAGAGGUCACUAGAGAUGAAACAACGCCUGUUCGGAGACAUGGCACAUCCAACUGUCGCCACCACCAGUGAAAUCAUCGCAGGCGUUUGGCUCAAGCGUAGAGACCACGCAAAUGCAGUCAAGUAUUUUGAAGAAACCUUGGAAAUGUUAAAGAUUGUUCAUGGCGACAGGCCGCAAAUGAGGGUUGCUGAAAUACUCGUCAAGCUUGGGAUCUGCUGGGAAAUUCUGAACGAUUACAAAACGGCUAUCCACUGCAACGAAAGGGCACUUGACAUGUUGAAUCUCAUAUGUGAAGAUCCAACACACCCUGACAUUGUUUCCACACAGAACAGCUUACAAAGACUGAGAAAACUUAAAGAUUCAAAAACUUGAGUCAGACAGAGCUAUAGUCCUAUGAAGCACAUCUAUCAAAACCACCAGUAACAGAAAGAGAAAGCUAUUUGUUAUUGAACAUUACUUGUUAUCUUCAAAGCAUUGUGUAAUAAGAAAUGCGAAAAAUAUUCGAAAAAUAUGCGAAAACAGCUUUCUUGCCACGCGCGCUCCUGGAGUGGAACAACCUGCGAGCGGACGUUGCCCUCUGCAUCAAUCUGGAGGACUUUAAGUCCAUGAUAUAAGCCUCGUAAUCUCCACCUCCUCAUCACCCCACCCCAACCCCCUUGCGCAGUAAAUCCGUUACGGUGACAAAAUCUUCGAUACGACGAAGGUGGUCACCUUACAGAAAGAAGAAAAAAGAAGAACAGACAUCUUUGCCCAUUUUCGGCAUGUUGACCACUACCAGAAGGCAAGAA